AUGGACGUGGAGAACGUCGAGAAGGACGUGGACAAGCGCACGCUGAGCAGCUUCAUCAUGAGCGAGACCAAGGACCUGGAGAUGACGAUCCUGAUGAACGCCGUGCAGCUCUCGUGCAAGCUCAUCGCGCGCGCCUGCCGCAAGGCCGGCGUCGCGAGCUUGUACGGCCUCGCCGGCACGGAGAACGCGUCGGGCGACGACGUGAAGAAGCUCGACGUGCUCAGCAACGAGAUCAUGGUCAACGCGCUCACGAACAGCUGCGUCUGCGCGCUGCUCGUGAGCGAGGAGGAGGAGGACCCCAUCGUCGUGCCCGCGAACAAGCGCGGCAAGUACUGCGUCGCCUUCGACCCGCUCGACGGGUCGUCGAACAUCGACUGCAACGUGUCCACGGGCACGAUCUUCUCGGUCUACGCGCGGUCGACCGCCGGCGAGCCGUCCAUCGCCGACAUCCUGCGGCCGGGCACGGAGAUGGUCGCCGCGGGCUACUGCAUGUACGGGUCUGCUACCGAUUUCGUCGUGUCCUUCGGCGACGGCGUGCACCGCUUCACGCUCGACGACUCGGUGGGCGAGUUCUGCUACUUCGGGCAGCUCAAGAUCCCGGAGAAGCCGAAGACGAUCUACUCGUGCAACGAGGGCAACUACUCGCUCUGGGACAAGGAGAUCCAGGAGGCCACGGACGCCUUCAAGGCCGGGCCCAAGCCCUACAGCGCGCGCUACGUGGGGUCCAUGGUGAGCGACGUGCACCGCACGCUGCUCUACGGCGGCGUCUUCUACUACCCGGCGGACAAGAAGAGCGCCAAGGGCAAGCUCCGCGUGCUCUACGAGGGCUACCCCAUGGCGCUCCUCACGGAGCAGGCCGGCGGCGUCGCGUCGACGGGCCGCUUCCGCGGCAAGGUCGGCCGCAUCAUGGACGUCGUCCCGGAGAACAUCCACGACCGCUGCCCCAUCAUCAUGGGCUGCCCCCGCGACGUCGCCAUGAUCCUCAGCAAGUACAACUAG